AUGCAAUUCAAGUCCACUGCAGUAACCUUUUUGGGACACAAAUUAACUGAUCAAGGAAUUUGCCCGGAUCCGGGAAAGGUUAGCGCAGUUCGUGAGAUGCCAAGACCUCUUGAUAAAGUUGGGGUACAGCGUUUUUUGGGGAUGUGUAAUUAUUUAUCAAAAUUUUGUCCAAAUCUAAGUGAAACAGUGUUGCCGUUAAGAAAUCUAGUCAAGCAGAACGUUGAAAUUAAUUGGUCGGAUUCGCAAGAAAAUGCUUUCAACGCAGCUAAAGAUCUUAUUGCAUCAAGCACAAAUUUACUUUAUUAUGACGUUAAACUUCCAGUUACGUUACAAGUGGAUGCGUCGGAUGAAGCUAUUGGUGGGGUACUUAUGCAAGAAGGGAAACCAGUUUGUUUUACGUCACACACUUUAACAGAUACAGAAAAACAAUAUGCGCAGAUUGAAAAAGAGUGUUUGGCUAUCAUGACAAGUAUGAAGAGGUGGCAUCAGUAUCUCUUUGGUAAACAUGACAUUAUUGUGCAAACGGACCAUCAACUUUUAGAAACAAUUUUUAAAAAGCCACUUAGUAAGGCACCACGCACUUCAACGGAUGAUGCUUCAACUACAGCAGUAUAAUUUUGAAGUUGUGUAUAAAAGAGGGAAAGAACUUUAUGUUGCAGAUACUUUGUCACGGGCAGCAUUAAAAGAAAAUUGCGCGGUGGAGUUGGAGUCAGAAAUGGUAUUUCGAGCUGAGCUGGAGCAGAUAGGUUUAAAACCUGCCAAGAUGUCAGACUGUACGUUAAAUAGAAUGAAAGAAGAGACCAGAAAAGACCAAACGUUGAAGUGUUUGUUGGAAACGGUGCGAAAAGGAUGGCCAUCGGAUAAAUUAAUGGUUCCACCGUGUAUCAGACCGUAUUGGUUUUUUCUAGUUGAAAUCACGCUUCACGAAGGGGUGCUUUUGAAGACGCAUCAAGUGAUUGUACCAACAGUGUUGAGGAAAGAAAUGUUGGAAAAGAUUCACAAGUCUCACCAAGGUGCUGA